CAUUGUAACUACAUACAAAAACACUAAUCACAUACAAUAACAAUGUCUACUGCUGAGAACAUCGAGAACAAGGUCGAGGAGACCGUCCAACCAACUGUUGACGCCGUUGAGAAGAAGGUUGACGAGGUUGUUGACCAGGCUAAGACCGCUGGUGACGAGGCCGUCAACAACGCUACUGAGGCUAAGGAUGAGGUUGUCAAGGCCGCUGAGGAUGCUAAGAAGGAGGCCUCUGGUGCCUCUACUGAGGAGAAGAAGAGCAUCUUCAAGAAGUUCACUGCCAAGUUGAAAUCUAUUAGGCUGUAUGACAACUUGUACAACUAGAAUCUACAUAGCGGACCUCAGCACCAGCAACAUCUGUGCGAUGAAGUGUGCGGUAUGUACGUGCGUUUAAAGUGAAACGGCGUAAGUUUCACAGCGCUAGAAGUGGCUUUAGGAAAUGGUCUAUAACUUUAGAAGCUCUUGUCUCAGUAUAACAUCCAAGCGC